AUGGUUAACUUUACUGUCGACGAAAUUCGUGGCUUGAUGGACAAGAAGAAGAACAUCCGAAACAUGUCCGUCAUUGCUCACGUUGAUCAUGGAAAAUCAACAUUAACUGAUUCACUUGUGUGUAAAGCUGGUAUUAUUGCUCAGCAAAAGGCCGGUGAGAUGCGUUUUACAGAUACACGAAAGGAUGAACAAGAACGAUGUAUUACAAUUAAAUCAACGGCUAUUUCACUUUAUUAUGAAUUACCUGCUAAAGAUUUAAUAUUUAUUAAACAAGAACGAGAACCUGAUUUACCUCAUUUUUUAAUCAAUCUUAUUGAUUCACCAGGUCACGUAGAUUUUUCAUCAGAAGUUACUGCUGCUUUACGUGUUACUGAUGGUGCUCUCGUCGUUGUCGAUUGUGUCUCAGGUGUGUGCGUACAAACUGAAACUGUACUUCGUCAAGCUAUUGCCGAACGUAUCAAACCAAUUUUGUUCAUGAAUAAAAUGGAUCGUGCUUUACUUGAAUUACAACUUCAACAAGAAGAUCUUUUUCAAACAUUUCAACGUAUUGUUGAAAAUGUUAAUGUCAUUAUUGCUACUUAUGGUGAUGAUAGUGGUCCAAUGGGUGAAUUACAAGUUGAUCCAACAAAAGGUACAGUUGGUUUUGGUGCCGGUCUUCAUGGUUGGGCAUUUACACUCAAAGAAUUCGCUGAAAUGUAUUCAUCAAAAUUUAAAAUUGAAGUUGAUAAACUUAUGAAACGAUUAUGGGGUGAUAAUUUUUUUUCACCAACAGAUAAGAAAUGGUCAAAAGCAAGUGGAGAAGGUUAUACUCGUGGUUUUUGUCAAUUUGUUCUUGAUCCUAUUUUCAAAGUAUUCAAAGCUAUUAUGGAUUGCAGAAAAGAUGAAUAUACACAAUUAAUUGAAAAAUUAAAUAUUAAAUUACAAGGUGAAGAUCGUGAUAAAUUAGAAGAAGGUGGUAAACCACUUUUAAAAGUUGUUAUGAAACAAUGGUUACCAGCUGGUGAUGUUCUACUAACAAUGAUUGCUAUACAUUUACCAUCACCUGUUGUUGCACAAAAAUAUCGUGCUGAACUUCUUUAUGAAGGUCCACAAGAUGAUGAAGCAUUUUUAGGUAUUAAAACAUGUGAUCCAACAGCUCCAUUAAUGAUGUACAUCUCAAAGAUGGUACCAACAUCAGAUAAAGGCCGUUUCUAUGCUUUUGGUCGUGUGUUUUCGGGUGUUGUUCAAACAGGUCAAAAAGCACGUAUUAUGGGUCCUAAUUAUGUACCAGGCAAAAAAGAAGAUCUCUUUGUUAAAAGUAUUCAACGAACAAUUCUUAUGAUGGGUCGUUAUACUGAACCUAUUGAAGAUGUACCAUGUGGUAAUAUUUGUGGUCUUGUUGGUGUUGAUCAAUAUUUAGUUAAAACGGGUACAAUUACAACAUUUGAAAAUGCACACAAUCUUCGUGUGAUGAAAUUUAGUGUCAGUCCUGUUGUACGUGUUGCUGUCGAACCAAAAAAUCCAGCUGAUUUACCAAAAUUGGUUGAAGGUUUGAAACGUUUAGCUAAAUCAGAUCCUAUGGUUCAAUGUAUCAUCGAAGAAUCUGGUGAACAUAUUGUAGCCGGUGCUGGUGAAUUACAUUUAGAAAUUUGCUUGAAAGAUCUUGAAGAAGAUCAUGCUUGUAUCCCAAUUAAAGUUUCUGAUCCCGUCGUAUCAUAUCGUGAAACUGUAUCUGAAGAAUCUGAUAUCAUGUGUCUAUCGAAAUCACCUAACAAACAUAAUCGUAUCUUUUUAAAAGCUCGACCAAUGCCUGAUGGGUUAGCUGAAGAUAUUGAUAAAGGUGAAGUAACACCACGUCAAGAAUUUAAAGCACGUGCUCGUUAUUUAAAUGAAAAAUAUGAUUAUGAUGUAAAUGAAGCACGUAAAAUUUGGUGUUUUGGACCUGAAGGCACAGGACCAAAUGUUUUAAUGGAUUGUACUAAAGGUGUACAAUAUUUAAAUGAAAUAAAAGAUAGUUGUGUUGCUGGUUUUCAAUGGGCUACAAAAGAAGGUGUUCUUGCUGAAGAAAAUGUUCGUGGUGUUCGUUUUGAUAUUCAUGAUGUUACAUUACAUGCUGAUGCUAUUCAUCGUGGUGGUGGUCAAAUUAUUCCAACUGCCCGUCGUGUUCUUUAUGCUUCAAUGCUCACAGCUAAACCACGUCUCUUCGAACCAGUAUAUCUUUGUGAAGUACAGUGUCCUGAAGUUGCUGUUGGUGGUAUCUAUGGUGUAUUGAAUCGUCGUCGUGGACAUGUAUUUGAAGAAAAUCAUGUAACUGGAACACCUAUGUUUAUUGUUAAAGCUUAUUUACCCGUCAAUGAAUCAUUCGGCUUUACUGCUGAUCUUCGUUCAAAUACAGGUGGUCAAGCUUUUCCACAAUGUGUAUUUGAUCACUGGCAAGUUAUGAAUCAAGAUCCAUUCGAUGACUCAUCAAAGAUUCGUCAAAUUAUUAAUGAUAUCCGUAAACGCAAAGGCUUGAAAGAAGGUAUUCCACCUCUUGAUGAUUUUUAUGACAAGUUAUAA